AAAGAAGAACACGUGUUUAGAUAUUUUCAGUGUGGUGUCUGUCAUGUGCUGUCACACUUGUCAAUGUUUAACUUGUCGAAGGUUGCAUGAAGCGCAGCGCUAUGUCGAGCCCGUUUUCUCGCAGAACACACUCUAUCUAGCUAAUGGCGGCCCUGCGAGCAGCGAAGCAGGCGCUGAGGAAAGCGAUCAAGACACGGGUAGCAGCGCUGAGUGACGAGGAGAAACGAAGACAGUCCCUGGUGGUUUCACAGAAGCUUUUCCGACACCCCAAAUAUGUGUCCUGCAAGAGGAUUGCAGUGUUUCUCAGCAUGCAUGAUGAAGUGCUCACAGAGGAAAUCAUCAAAGACGCGUUCAAAUUGGGAAAAAGCUGCUUCAUCCCCAGAUAUGAGAGGAGCUGCAGCCAUAUGGACAUGUUGCAGCUCACCAGUCUGCAGGACAUGGAAACGCUGCCCCUGACCUCCUGGAACAUCCGACAGCCUGCUGAAGAUGACAACAGCAGAGAGGAAGCACUGGCUGCAGGAGGUCUGGACCUAAUCUUGAUGCCAGGCCUGGGUUUUGACCAAAUGGGGAAGCGUCUGGGACGAGGGAAGGGGUACUACGACACCUACUUGGAACGCUGCAUCAGAUACUCUCAAGUAAAACCCUACACCAUUGCCUUGGCCUUCAAAGAGCAGCUGUGCCAGGAAAUCCCUGUUGAUGACAACGAUGUGCUCAUUGAUGAAGUUCUGUAUGAGGAUUAUGAGUAACUGGUCAAUCACCACAGGUGCAUUACCAUUACUAAUGCACACAUUUUCACUGCAGACAUUUAACUUGUUUUAGCAAAAGAAGCUCAAAUGGAACUAUUUAGGCCAAGAAUGGCCUUCAUUAAUAUAUUGUAUUCAGCAUUAUACAGGCUGAGAUGCAAAUUCAGUGGCUGUAUUGAUAAUGUUUGAUCAUUAUAGUGAAACCUGAUAUUCAUCAGUGUCAAACAUCAAUGGACAAUUAGAUGGAAAGAAGUCUUAAUAAAGUUGUAAUGGAAAAUGUGCAGGCUGCAUGACUUGUAAUGGGAGGGACAGUUGUUAUUUAAAUUCAGAGAGGCCGACCUGGAAUAAAUAGGAACUCUCCAACAAAUAAAUCUGCAUAAUUGUAACCAUAUGUUAUUACAUGACUGCAUUUCCAUUAUUGUGCCUUAUAAAUACAAUUGUUUUAUCACAA